CUUCAGUCUGGACCGAGGCUGAGAGUGUCCAGGUGUUUCUCACUGAAGACGUCUACACAACCUUCGGGAAAGGGAGCAGUCCAGCCGUGUCUGUGAAGAGUAGAAACUAAACAAUGGGGAACGAAAACUCAAGAAGUGGUGGAGCCACUGACCCUAACAGAGAAAGAGGAGAACCCAGUCGUGUGCCUAUGAAGAGUGAUGGGUCCACACCUGUCCCUUCUUCAUUCAACAGAAGAGGCGGACAACCCAGUGGUGGGUCCACACCCGUCCCUUCUUCAUUCAACAGAGGAGGCGGACAACCCAGUGGUGGGUCCACACCCGUCCCUUCUUCAUUCAACAGAGGAGGCGGACAACCCAGUGGUGGGUCCACACCUGUCCAUUCUUCAUUCAACAGAGGAGGCGGACAACCCAGUGGUGGGUCCACACCUGUCCAUUCUUCAUUCAACAGAAGAGGCGGACAACCCAGUGGUGGGUCCACACCUGUCCCUCCUUCAUUCAGCAGAGGUGAACAAACCAGUGGUGGGUCUAUGAAGAGUGGUGAGUCUACACCUGCCCCUCAUUCAUUAAGCAGAAGAAGAGAAGCGCUCGGCUGUGUGCCUAAGAAGAGUGAUGGUUCCAUGGAAAAUAUUCCUCAUUACAACAGUGGAGCUGUCCCUUCUGGUGCUGGACACUCUAUGGUGGAAAGCACUGGACACCUACAACAGGGUUCUCAUCUAGCUGUAGAUGAUGUCUUAGAGAGACACAAAACCAGCAUGAAGACCUUAGUUGAGAGAAUCAAAACAGAAGACAAUCAAAACCUCCUGAACAGGAUUUCCUCUCAGCUCUACAUCAUAGAGGGACAGAGAGAAGGAGUGAAUGAAGAACAUGAGGUUCUACAGAUGGAGAAAAUAACCAGAAGACGCUUACAAGACUCUCCUAUCAACUGUUUAGAUAUAUUUAGAUCUCUACAUGAUCCUAAAGGAGAAACAGAAAAAAAUAAAAUUCUAGCUGAUACUGCUAAAAGUUUCAGUCCCAAAGAAACAACAGAUAAAGAAAGAAAUGAAGACAAAAAAUUAAAAGUUCAAAAUCUCAGAAUUAUUCUGACCAUAGGCAUCGCUGGAAUUGGAAAAACAGUAUCCGUGCAGAAGUUCAUUCUGGACUGGGCUGAAGGAAAAGCCAAUCAGGAUGUAGAUUUCAUGUUUGCGCUUCCGUUCCGGGAGCUGAACCUGAUUAAAGAUGAUCAGUACAGUCUUCAUGGACUUCUGUGUGCCUUCCAUCCUGAGCUCAAACAUCUGGACCCAGAGUUUUAUGAUCAGAUCAAAGCUCUGUUUAUAUUUGAUGGACUGGAUGAAAGCAGAAUUCCACUGGACUUUGAACAGUGUGAGAAAGUAUCUGACAUCACCACAGCAUCAUCAGUGGGUGUGUUGAUGACCAACCUCAUCAAAGGAGAGCUGCUUCCUUCUGCUCUGAUCUGGAUCACCUCCCGACCAGCAGCAGCCAAUCAGAUCCCUCCUAAAUAUAUUAACCGUGUGACAGAGAUUCAGGGAUUCAGUGACCCACAGAAGGAGGAGUACUUCAGAAAGAGGAUCAGUGAUGAAGACCAAGCCAAGAGAAUCAUCUCCCACAUUAAGACAGUGAGGAGCCUCCACAUCAUGUGCCACAUUCCAGUCUUCUGCUGGAUCUCAGCCACUGUUCUUCAGCAGAUCAUGAAACGGCGUCAUACAGAAGUUCCUAAAACUCUGAGUGAGAUGUACUCACACUUCCUGCUCACUCAGACCAACAAGAAGAAUGAGAAGUAUGAGGAGAAAGAUCAGAGGGACUCAAAAAACCUGCUGGAGUCCAACAGAACCAUUCUUCUGAAACUGGCUAAACUGGCUUUCAAACAGCUGAUGAAGGGCAAUGUGAUGUUCUAUGAAGAGGACCUGAGAGAGAGCAGCAUUGAUGUCACUGAGGCCUCAGUGUAUUCUGGGAUUUUCAGUGAGAUCUUCAGGGAGGAAUGUGUGCUUUACCAGAGGAAGGUCUACUGCUUUGUUCAUCUGAGCUUUCAGGAGUUCCUGGCUGCUGUUUAUGUGAUUCACUGCUAUGAGAUCAAUAAAAAGGAGAUAUUAUGGAUUUUUAAACCACAAAACAGAAAGUGGUCUGAGAAUGUUCCACUGGAUGAGGUUCUGGAAGGAGCAGUGGAUAAAGCUGUAGGGAGUAAGAAUGGACAGCUGGAUCUUUUCCUUCGUUUCCUGCUGGGCAUCUCACUGGAAACCAAUCAGAGACUCCUACCUGGCUUACUCACACCCCCUCAGAGCAGCUCAGAGAGAGUCAGAGAGUAUAUCAAGAGCUUAAUCAAAGAAGAUUAUUAUCACAUCUCAUCUGAGACAUCCAUGAACCUUUUGUUCUGUCUGUCUGAGAUGAAUGACCAGUCUCUCUCCAGAGAGCUUCAGGAGUUUCUAAACUCAGAGAGAGACUCAGUGAAGAAACUCUCUGCUGGACAGUGUUCAGCACUAGCCAACAUGCUUCUGACCUCAAGAAAGGUGCUGGAUAAACUGGACUUGAGGAAAUACAAAUCAUCAGAGGAUGGUUAUAGGAGACUGAUCCCAGCUCUGACUGUCUGCAGAAAAGCUCUACUCUCUGGUUGUAAUCUCACUAAGAACUCAUGUGAAGCCCUCAGCUCUGCCCUACAAGCGGCAAACUCUUCUCUGAAUGUUCUGGACCUUAGUAACAAUGACCUGCAGAAUUCAGGAGUGGAGCUGCUCUCUGCUGGACUUAAGAGUUCAUGCAAUCAACUGAAGAUACUCAGACUAGCUCUCUGUAAACUUGGGAAAAGGGCUUGUGAAAAUCUGGCAUCAGCUCUACAAUCAGCUGACUCGUCCCUGAAAGAGCUGGACCUCAGUAACAAUGAUGUACAGGAUUCAGGAGUGGAGCUGCUCUCUGAUGGACUGAAGGGUUCACACUGUAAAUUGGAGAUACUCAGGUUAUCUGGUUGUAUGGUUACAGAUAAGGGAUGUUCUUCUCUGGCUUCAGCUCUGAAAUCAAACCCCUCCCUCCUGAGAGAACUGGAUCUGACCUAUAAUCACCCAGGAGAAUCAGGAGUGAAGCUGCUCUCUAAACUACUUGAGGAUCCACACUGCACACUGGAGAAACUACAGAUGGAUCAUGGAGGGAAGAUCAGAAUGAAUCCAGGACUGAGGAAAUAUGCUGUUGAUCUCACUCUGGAUCGAAACACAGUGAACAGUAAUCUCUAUCUAUCUGAGAGGAACCGAAAGGUGAAUUGUUUGGAUAAGAAACAGUCGUAUGCAGAUCAUCCAGACAGAUUUGACCGAUGUGCUCAGGUUCUGAGUGCGGAGAGUCUGACUGGUCGCUGUUACUGGGAGGUUCAGUGGAGCGGAUGGGAUGCGGACAUAUCAGUAUCAUACAGAGGAAUCAGGAGGAAGGGACUCGGUGCUGUCUGUGUGUUUGGGAAUAAUAAUCAGUCCUGGAGUCUGAACUGUUAUAAUAACAGAUACUCUGUCAGUCACAAUAAACAGAAAACUGUCCUACCAGCACCGUCCUCCCCCUCUAACAAGGUAGGGGUGUAUCUGGACUGGGGGUCCGGCACUCUGUCCUUCUACACCAUCUCCCCUGACACACACACACUGAGUCACCUACACACACUCACCACCACAUUCACCGAGCCGCUCUACGCUGGGUUUAGGGUUUAUGCUGGCUCACCAGUGCAGCUGUGUGUGAUGGAGUAAAAUCUACACAAGAUGUGUGUGUGUGUGACAUUUAUGGAGGAAACUCCUCAGGGAAACACGCGGAUGUUCACAGGAUCCGUUUAAAGUGUUAUUGUUAAAAAUGACAAAUUUGCUGUGUGAAAAAAUAUCUGUGAUGUUCAAAACUUGAAGCACUCUGAAAAGACGAGAAUGGGAAAAUAAUUUUGUGAAAACAUUUGGAUUUUCUUUGUUAAAACAUGAUCAUUUGUUGAAAGUUUUCAGAAUCAGAAUCCUUUAUUGAUCCCAGGGGGAAAUUGCAGUUGUUACAGUUGCAGCCAUUUAUGUAAAAGAAUAAACAUAAAUCAUUUAAAACAAAGAUAAGGAGAAAUUUGCAGCAUGUCCACGAGAUUUAAGCUCUUAUGAACACAGUAAAGUGGCACUGACUGUGAUAAUAAAAAUGAAGCAUCUAGUUCAAA